AAUUUAACUACAACCUAACUUGUUGCGGCCACCUGUAUUAUUGUAGCAUAUAUUGCAUUGUUGUUGUGUAUCGAAAUUGGAUUGAGUUUGCGAUGCAUUGUAUUGUAUUUUGUGCAUUUUAAAAACAUUUAUUUAAACAGGAUGACAUGGAUCAAUGGGUAUCGGAUACAUUUUACUCCUAUUUUCCUGGUUUCAACAAUGAAUAUCAAAAACGUCAAUUGUAUUUGCAACAAAAACAGCGUGAAAAUCAGGAAAACUUUUUAAAAAAUCAGCAUAUGUUUAGUUCAGCUCGAAGCCCGAGGAAACAAACGAGAGAACCGUUUUCCACUAGAUCCUGGUCAAAUAAUUCUGAAACUUCAAGUGGUAUUGAACUGACCAAAGAUGAAGGUGAUUUAUCGAAAAACACAGGAAUUGAUGGCCCGGCUUCGGUCGUAACGCCUGUUCGUCCAGGUUCUACACGUUAUAAACUUUUGCAAGAUUUACGUCAUACAAGUCUGUCGAAUGAUGCAUCUUUCGAACCACAAGGCAUUAUGAAUAGAGAACGUAAAUAUGCUGAGGACGAGGCAGCGAGGAAAAAGGCCUAUCAACGGGAACUGAUACAACAAAUUGAAGAAAAACGUCGCAGCAUCAAAUUGCUCAAGGAAAAAGAACAGGAACAAGAACAAGUUCUAACCAGACGACUUCAGGAACAAUUGAAAACAAUUAAACUGGAAGAACAGUUGGAAAAGGAACGAAUGAAAGCUACUGAGCUACGCUACAAGGCUGAACAAAAUCGUUAUCUAAGAAAACAUAUGCUAGCAAAGCUAGAAAAUGAUACAAAACUAUUGCCACCUGAAAGGGGAACACCCCCAACGCCACCAACUUGUGUUGACCCCAAACGUAAUAAGGAAAACAUCUCAUCCGAUUGGGAUGACAACAAAGUAUACAGAUAUUUUAGCAAUUCGGCCAAAAAUGAAUAUAAUUAUCGCCAAAGAUCGCGUAUGCCAGCCAAUAUCGAUUUUCCGAAAAUUGAAAAAGAAUGCUUUCAUAUAAGUGAAAAAAUAUGUCCAAUAUGUGAUCAGCCAUUGAGGGAAUAUCGGCAUUUUUGUCUUCGUUGUCAAACUAAAAUGACACUGCCAAUGAACGAGAUGCCCGGUGAGAAUUCAACAGCCUCAUCUUGUAACAGUCAUGCAGAACGAAAUCUUAUACUAGUCUGUCAUAAUUGUGAUCGUUUAUAUACGCUUUGUUCGAAUUGCCUAGAAAAGGCAGAUACAUGUCGAGCUUGCCAAAAUACGCGAAAUGUUUGCAUGCAUUGUCGUAGAAACUUGUGUGCCUUUUGUUUGGAGGAAAUAUCGACAAAUAAAAAUACAGAAAACGAACAUAUAAAUGAAAGAAUGGAUAAUGUUAUGAAAACACCUUUACAAAUUGUUACCAGUGAUGAAGCUGAACCGAGUGGAAAUAAUAAAAGUGCUAAUGUGGUGGGAAACAAUUUAAAUCCAAGCCUGGAAUCACACCCAAGCCCAAAACAUAGAGAAUUUGUAUCGUUUGGUAAACCGGAACUGAAUUUCCAAACAAAUCACAAUAAUAUAAACGAGGAAAUUGAAAAGCCUUAUGAAAAAAGUUUAAAAAAUAUCCAAAAAACCGAUCACAGCACCGACAUAUUUGUAGACAGUGAAGAAAACAUUGAUAGACUGCGUCGACAAACAGAUAAACGUUUGAUGGGAUAUUUUAAAAAUUAUGGAGAAUUGACAUCCAAAUCACGCGGAACUCAAACAAUUCCAUUUACGAGUGAACGUCGAGACGUUGUAAUUAGAGGUGGUAAUAAUUUCUCCAUACCGAUUUUGUGUGAUAUGCCAAAAAUGACGCGCAGAGAAACUACAAAACGAGAUAAGCAAAUUUCAAAUGAACUGGAAAAUUUAAAAUAUAGAUGGGAUAUUCCUGCUGUGCAAAAAUUCACAAUAUCGGCUACAUCCCCAAAAGUUGUUACUCAAGUUGGUGCUAUACGAAAACAAUUACAAACGGAGAAUUUACUUUUUAACGAUGGAGACUGAGUGAGGCACAACUUCAAAUUCGAAAAAAAAUGACUUUGGAGUUUAGUGCCAGUUGCAGGUUUUGGGCAGAGAGAAAUGACACAACCAGCAAGCUAUUCAAGUUGAAGACUGUUGUAGCUGUUUUUAUUCCUCUUAAAAGUUGCAAUUAAAAUCGGCCUUAUUGUUUCUUUUUCUAUCAACAUUCUUAUUCAAUAAUUAUAUUUACAUAAAUUUGUUAACAAGCACAAAAAAA